UCCCAGUGGGAUACACCGUCCUGAGUGAAAUGAACAGUUCGCUAUUUUUUUAACAUACGUUUCGAACUUAUUUACUUCAGUGUAGUUUUUCCGCGAUGAACAAUUACCGAUGAAGUGAACACUGAACGACAGCAAAGUGAAGUUUUCAUAAUGAUAAAUGCAUUUAUGGACAGCAGCCAUCACCAUUUGGCGACGUACGGUUUGAAAAUGUCUCCGGGACAUAACAGUGGUAGUGCUGCUAUUCCGUCGCCGCAUCAAAACCCCCCGGCUGCGAUGACUGCCCCAGAAGUGGGCUCGGUACACCAGAAUCACUUCCAGGCUAAUUACGGGCACAUGGGACAUUUGGGAUCGCAUGCAGGUUAUGCAGCGAGGGAUUUUCUACUCCGCCGCGACCACCACGACUUUCCGACGGCACAAACCGCACCCAGCGACUCCGUUUUAUUCCACCAUCACACGGAAAUGCCGCCUCACUACAAUCCGCAUUUGACCCCUCAUCACCAGAUGCUGCAUUCAAGAACAGAUCACCACGCGGCGUACCACCCUCAACCGAACCACCAUCACCAGUAUCUGAACCCCCACAUGGGUAUACCUCCCCAUCCUACCAACGUCCAUGGAGCUUUCUUCAGAUACAUGCGGCAACCGAUCAAGCAGGAAAUGCAAUGCCUUUGGAUCGACGCAGAUCAACCUCCCCCGAGGAAGUCUUGCGGGAAGCAUUUCACAAGCAUGCACGAAAUCGUGACGCAUCUGACAGUCGAACAUGUCGGGGGUCCUGAGUGUACGACACACGCUUGUUUUUGGCAAAACUGUUCCAGAAACGGCAGGCCGUUCAAAGCGAAAUAUAAACUGGUGAACCACAUCAGGGUACAUACCGGAGAGAAGCCGUUUCCUUGUCCAUUUCCUGGGUGCGGGAAAGUGUUCGCAAGGAGUGAGAAUCUGAAAAUUCACAAACGGACGCAUACAG